AUGGAUAUGGAGACUGCAGUUUUACUUUUAGAUAGAUGUACAAAUUGUUUACAAGAUUAUAGAACAACUGGAUACGUGAGAGCUUUACAGCCUGUUGAAAAAUUAUCUUUACAAUUAAAUGUUGAACCAAAAUUUAAAAUUACUCGUAUAAGACGUAGAAAACAACAAUUUGCUCACAAAUCUAAAGACGAAGUUUCAGGCACCCAAAAUCCAGAAUUAUACUUCAAACAUCAUGUAUAA